UUUUGAUUGGAUAUGAAAACUCGCAUUACUAGAUGGAGAUUGGAUCGGUCCCUUUCCCUAUUUCAAAUUGCAUAUUGAUGAUAGUGCAGAUGUGAAUGAUAAUGUAUGCAGAUUUGGAUUGAAUAUAUCUUUACCUAUCAUCUGACUGACGCCCUACUUUCUCAGUAAAAUGGAGUUGUAACCAUUGAUUAGGUACCCUUCUUGAAUUCCAACGUGAACUCUCGAUGAAGGCAGUGUCUGCCGAUAUUAGAACCCUAAAGAUUCCGAGUUCACGUGGUUUGAACUCUACGAGUUGUCAGUUCUUUAAAAUGUCGACAAUGAUACUGUACAUCAAAUAGAUUAGGCAAGCAGUCUGACUUUGAUGCAGGGUAUGAUGUAUAAUAGAAGCUGUGAUUAGUAUCUUCUGACUCUGAUGCAGGAUAUGAUGUAUAAUAGAAGCCGUGAUUAAUAUCUUCUCAUUACAAAAGACGUCAAUAGCAAAACGGCAGGGGUUGUUUAUAUAUUACACAAUACCUUGACAUUUCCAAUAUUCAGAUUUCAUCUUGUCCCAUUUCUCUUGUUGUUAACCAAUGAGAGUUAAGUGUAAAGUACAGCAUCCUGGCAAGCAUUUAUUUUCAACCACAGGAUUAUCCAUUUCUCCUGGACCUGCCAGUUCACAUAAUGUCAUACAGAUUAAAAGGUUGAUUGCUGUCAUAAAGGGAACGAAAAGUCAUCGGUGUCAUUAUUUCAAUCUAUUCGCACACGUAGUCUGUCCAGCAUGAAAACGAUGAUGCUAGCAGUUAUAUUAUUUGUUUUGCUGAUGCUGAGUGAUGUGCAGAGUAUGUCAUUGUUGAACGGUAAUUUCAGUAUGAUGACGUCCCAAGAUUUGCCUGAAGAAUCUGCUGCCCAAGUUACAAACGUCUUGCGCGAAUUAGUGAACCAGGAGAGUUUGCUUAGAUUUUCAAUGGUGCAGAAAAUUCAGGAAUUGACGCUAGCAGUUGUCGAAGUUAAAAACGAUAAUGAAUUUCUGAAGAAACGUAUUGCUGACCUUACAACUGAUGUCACUGACCUCAAGAAAACAAACCAAGCACUGCAAGCAAGAAAUGAAAAUUUACUUUUGAAGUAUGAAGAAAUAAUAAAUCAAAUAGAGAUUUCCCACAAUUCAAGCCGUUUCCGUUUCCAGAGAGUUGAACUUGAGCUAACAUCUUUAUAUCAAUCGGUUAAUGAUAUUCGCAAGGUUCAGACAGAAACAGAAGAGGGUUUAAAAAAUAUUUCUUCAUCCCUUUCAACUGUUGAAAAAGAGAUAUUUCAACCAUUGAAGACAACUACGCAAAUGUUACCCCCACUGCAGAGUAAUACAGUUGCAUUUUACGCCUAUAUGUCGAAAAGCACAGGAACGAUAUACGGUCGGCAGACUCUUGUGUUUGAUGUCGUAAAAACUAAUAUCGGUGGCGGGUAUCUACCAUCCUCUGGAAACUUCGUCGUGCCGAUGUCAGGGACGUAUGUCUUUUCAUGGACCUUUAGAGUGGAUUCUGAUGCUUACCAUUCCACACAGUUAAUGGUGAAUGACGUGGAAUAUGGUAUCCUCCAUUUGAAUACGAAUCCAGGCGUUGAUGUACAGGAGACAGGUGUUGUUGUUGUGAGUGUGACAAAAGGAGAUUUAAUCUUAGUGAGAACACAUGCAAGUUGGAAUAAAGGAAUUAUUGCCAGUACCACCGCCGGUAGACCUUCAUUUGCAGGAUGGAAACUGUAAUGUUUCUCAACUCAAGGCCCCACUAAGACAAUGCGCAAAUGUUAAUUUAAAGUGUUCACUGCUCUCACUGCUUAGAUGAUAUACAUGUAGAUGUCUUCCAAAUCUUGUUUAUGUACUUGGAAUGAAAAUACAAUACUCGAUGCAUGCUAGCAAUUGAAAAAUUUCAUUAAAGCAUCUUCUAUAAAACAAGGA